GGGAGCACCAUGACCUGACCGCCGUGGCUCCCUGCCCAGGGCUCUUGCCAGGGGGCGGCCGGGGAUAGAAGGGCUCGCCGCCCUGCUCCCUCUCCCCCACUCCCCCACUCCCCCAAAUAGGCCGCCUUUGGGUCUUUGGAAACCCCCACAGGCGGUCCCCCCACCCCCCAGGUUCUGCGCCUCCCUCCCUGCCCGCCGGCGCCAUGGAGCUCUCGGAUGUGAGCUGCCUCAGCGGCAGCGAGGAACUCUACACCAUCCACCCGACGCCCCCGGCCGGCAACGGCGGGAGCGGCUCCCGGCCGCAGCGGCUGCUGUGGCAGACGGCGGUGCGGCACAUCACCGAGCAGCGCUUCAUCCACGGGCACCGGGCCGGCGGCGGCGGCGGGAGCGGAGGUUCCCGCAAAGCCUCGGACGCUGCGGGCGGCGGCCCCAACCACCACGCGCUGCAGCACUCGGGCGAUUCGGCGCUGCCGCUCUACUCGCUGGGCCCCGGGGAGCGAGCGCACAGCACCGGCAGCACCAAAGUCUUCCCGGAACGCAGCGGGAGCGGCAGCGGGAGCGGCAGCGGGGGCGACCUGGGCUUUCUGCACCUCGACUGCGCCCCGAGCAACUCGGAUUUCUUCCUCAAUGGGGGCUAUAGCUACCGAGGGGUCAUUUUCCCCACCCUGCGCAACUCCUUCAAGUCCCGGGAUCUGGAACGCCUCUACCAGCGCUACUUCCUGGGCCAGAGACGCAAAUCGGAGGUGGUGAUGAACGUGCUGGAUGUGCUGACCAAACUCACCCUCUUGGUUCUGCACUUGAGUCUGGCCUCGGCCCCCAUGGACCCGCUCAAGGGCAUCCUGCUGGGCUUCUUCACGGGCAUCGAGGUGGUGAUCUGCGCCCUGGUGGUGGUCAGGAAGGACACCACCUCGCACACGCACCUGCAGUACAGCGGCGUGGUCACCUGGGCGGCCAUGACCACCCAGAUCCUGGCAGCCGGCCUGGGCUACGGGCUCCUCGGCGACGGUAUAGGCUACGUGCUUUUCACCCUCUUCGCCACCUACAGCAUGCUGCCGCUGCCGCUCACCUGGGCCAUCCUGGCUGGCCUGGGCACCUCGUUGCUGCAGGUGCUCCUCCAAGUGGUCAUUCCCCGGCUGGCGCUCAUUUCCAUCAACCAGGUUGUGGCCCAGGCAAUGUUGUUCAUGUGCAUGAAUACGGCUGGCAUCUUCAUCAGUUACCUGUCGGACCGGGCCCAGCGCCAAGCCUUUCUGGAGACGCGCAGGUGUGUGGAGGCCAGGCUGCGCCUAGAGACGGAGAACCAGAGACAGGAGAGGCUUGUACUGUCCGUGCUACCUCGAUUUGUCGUCCUAGAGAUGAUCAACGACAUGACAAACGUGGAGGACGAACACCUGCAGCACCAGUUCCAUCGGAUCUACAUCCACCGCUACGAGAAUGUCAGUAUUCUUUUUGCAGAUGUUAAAGGAUUUACCAACCUCUCCACGACCUUGUCAGCUCAGGAGCUGGUCAGGAUGCUCAACGAGCUCUUUGCCAGAUUUGAUCGACUGGCCCAUGAGCAUCACUGCCUUCGCAUUAAAAUCCUGGGAGACUGCUACUACUGCGUUUCUGGACUUCCUGAGCCCCGCCAGGACCAUGCCCACUGCUGUGUUGAAAUGGGCCUCAGCAUGAUCAAAACCAUCAGGUACGUGCGGUCAAGGACGAAGCAUGAUGUGGACAUGCGGAUCGGAAUUCACUCGGGCUCAGUGCUGUGUGGCGUGUUGGGCCUGCGGAAGUGGCAGUUUGAUGUCUGGUCUUGGGAUGUGGACAUUGCAAACAAGCUUGAAUCUGGGGGCAUCCCUGGGAGGAUUCACAUUUCCAAAGCCACACUGGACUGUCUCAGCGGGGACUACAGUGUGGAAGAGGGCCACGGUAAAGAGAGGAAUGAAUUCUUGAGGAAACAUAACAUAGAGACCUACUUAAUUAAGCAGCCCGAGGAGAGCCUGCUGUCCUUGCCUGAAGACAUCGUCAAGGAGUCUGUGAGCUCCUCGGACAGGAGAAACAGUGGGGCAACCUUCACAGAAGGAUCCUGGAGCCCUGAGCUGCCCUUCGAUAACAUAGUGGGGAAACAAAAUACUCUGGCUGCCCUAACAAGAAAUUCAAUAAAUCUGCUUCCAAACCAUCUUGCACAAGCUUUGCAUGUCCAGUCUGGGCCUGAGGAAAUUAACAAGAGAAUAGAACAUACCAUCGACUUGCGGAGUGGCGAUAAAUUGAGAAGAGAGCAUAUCAAGCCAUUCUCACUGAUGUUUAAAGACUCCAGCCUGGAGCACAAGUAUUCUCAAAUGAGGGAUGAAGUAUUCAAGUCAAAUUUGGUCUGUGCGUUUAUCGUUCUUCUAUUUAUCACGGCAAUCCAAAGUUUGCUUCCUUCUUCAAGGGUGAUGCCAAUGGUCGUCCAGUUUUCCAUUCUGAUCAUGCUGCACUCGGCUCUGGUCCUCAUCACCACAGCAGAGGAUUAUAAAUGUUUGCCCCUCAUCCUUCGGAAGACUUGCUGUUGGAUUAAUGAGACCUACUUGGCCCGGAACGUCAUCAUCUUUGCAUCCAUCUUGAUUAAUUUCCUGGGUGCCAUCCUCAAUAUCCUGUGGUGUGAUUUUGACAAGUCGAUACCCUUGAAGAACCUGACUUUCAAUUCCUCAGCUGUGUUUACAGAUAUCUGCUCCUACCCAGAGUACUUUGUCUUCACGGGGGUGUUGGCCAUGGUGACCUGUGCGGUUUUCCUACGACUUAACUCCGUCCUGAAGCUGGCUGUGCUGCUGAUCAUGAUUGCCAUCUAUGCCCUGCUGGCUGAGACCAUCUAUGCAGGUCUCUUUCUGCGCUACGACAAUCUGAACCACAGUGGAGAAGAUUUCCUGGGGACCAAGGAGGCGUCGCUCUUGCUGAUGGCCAUGUUCCUCCUGGCUGUGUUCUACCAUGGACAGCAGCUGGAGUACACAGCCCGCCUGGACUUCCUCUGGCGGGUGCAGGCCAAAGAGGAGAUCAACGAGAUGAAGGAGCUGAGGGAGCACAAUGAGAACAUGCUGCGAAACAUCUUACCCAGCCACGUGGCCCGCCACUUCCUGGAGAAAGACCGAGACAACGAGGAGCUGUAUUCUCAGUCCUAUGAUGCUGUUGGUGUGAUGUUUGCUUCCAUCCCAGGAUUUGCGGACUUUUACUCUCAGACCGAAAUGAAUAACCAAGGAGUAGAAUGCCUACGCUUGCUAAAUGAGAUCAUUGCUGACUUUGAUGAGUUGCUCAGCGAAGACCGGUUUCAAGACAUCGAAAAAAUUAAGACAAUCGGAAGCACCUACAUGGCUGUGUCAGGCCUGUCACCUGAAAAACAGCAAUGUGAAGACAAGUGGGAGCAUUUGUGUGCCCUGGCCGACUUCUCUCUCGCCCUGGCCGAGAGCAUACAGGAGAUCAACAAGCAUUCGUUCAACAAUUUUGAACUACGGAUUGGCAUCAGUCAUGGCUCAGUGGUAGCUGGCGUCAUCGGCGCCAAGAAACCACAGUAUGACAUUUGGGGCAAAACCGUGAACCUAGCCAGCCGAAUGGACAGCACAGGGGUCAGCGGCAGGAUCCAAGUCCCAGAGGAGACCUAUCUCAUCCUGAAAGAGCAGGGCUUUGCCUUUGACUACCGAGGGGAGAUCUACGUGAAGGGCAUCAGUGAGCAGGAAGGAAAAAUCAAAACGUACUUUCUCCUGGGAAGAGUCCAACCCAACCCAUUCAUCUUGCCCCCGAGAAGACUGCCCGGGCAGUACUCCUUGGCCGCGGUCGUCCUGGGGCUUGUCCAGUCCCUCAACAGGCAAAGGCAGAAGCAGCUCCUCAACGAGAACAGCAACAAGGGCCAUUACAACCGGCGGACUUUGUUGACACCCAGCGGGCCAGAGCCCGGAGCCCAAGGCGAAGGCACCGACAAAUCCGAUUUGCCAUAAAAGCAUUUUCCUUGUGUUUCUUUUUUUGUAUUUCUUUUAUAUAUAAAAUAAAUAUACUAAUAAAAAGGUUUAAU